AGGCGUCUUCCCCGCGCAUGCGCGGUGAGGGAAGGCCCUCAGCGUCAGAGGGGAGAUGGCGGAGCCGGGAGCGGGCCGCACCGGCGCUGAGGCGGCGGCGGCGAUGGCGGAGGGCGGCAGCGAGAAGAGGAGCGACGGCCUCACCGAAGGGGAGCCCGCCGCCACCGCCGCCGAGCCGUCACCGCCGCGCCCUCCUCCGGCGGCCGCUGCGGGGGGGGAGGGCGGCGGGGCGAAGCCGCUGAGCGCGGCGGAGUACGCGCGGCGCGUCCACCAGUGGCUGUGGGACUCGUACUGCGGGUACCUCAGCUGGCAGGGCUGCCUGCCCGCCCUCCUCGCCGCCGCCCCCCAUCGCGUCGCCGCGCCGCCGCCGCCCCCCCCUCCUCCUCCUCCUCCUGCUUCUUCUUCCCCUCCGCCCGCAGCGGCCGCCGCCGCCUACUACAGCCCCUUCUACCUCUUCGCUCCGGCGCCGGCCCACACGGCCGCUGCCGGGCCGGGGCCCCGCGCUGCCGCCGCUGCCCCCCCGGCUUGGCCGGGCGCGGCGGGAAGGUUGACCCCCCUGCCCAGGGCGGCCGGCGGCACCAGCGGCACCCCCCCCAGGGAGACGGGGCGGCCGGCGGGUCGGGAGUUCAUUAUCCCAUCGUUGGCACACAGGUUCAUAGCAGAGAUGGUGGAUUUUUUUAUCUUGUUCUUUAUAAAGGCAACCAUUGUUUUAAGUAUUAUGCACCUCAGUGGAAUAAAGGACAUCUCUAAAUUUGCCAUGCAUUACAUAAUAGAAGAAAUAGAUGAAGAUACAUCCAUGGAGGAUUUGCAGAAAAUGAUGAUAGUAGCUCUCAUCUACAGGUUAUUAGUCUGCUUCUAUGAGAUAAUCUGUAUUUGGGGAGCAGGUGGAGCAACCCCAGGGAAAUUCUUGCUUGGACUGCGAGUUGUGACAUGUGACACAUCUGUCCUUAUUGCGCCCAGCCGUGUCUUAGUCAUCCCGUCCUCUAAUGUCAGCAUGACAACGUCCACAAUACGAGCUUUGAUCAAGAAUUUUUCUAUUGCUUCAUUUUUUCCCGCAUUCAUUACACUGCUGUUUUUCCAGCACAACAGAACAGCCUACGAUAUUGUAGCAGGAACUAUUGUGGUAAGAAGAAAUGGAGUCAGAUGAUACCGAAAGAUGAGAUUUCCAGACUCAUUUUGAACAUCCCCUCCCACCCCCAGUGAACAAAGACCUACCCCAAAACUGAAAUUGAGGUGUCUGUCAGAAUCUUUUGCCCAAAUGAAAUGGGAACUGAUUCAGAAGCUAAAGAAAAUGUUUUGCUCCCGUAUGAUGCCAGCAGCUACCUUCAAAGUGUUGGAGUUUUCAUAAAUGCCAAAGAAGUUUGGGAGAAACAAUACAUACUAAAUCUGGAAGUAUUAACCUCUGGUUGAUGAGAAAGUGGCUGUGUUAGCUGCAGAAAGGAGCUGUUCCUUUCGUCAGUCUGUGGAAAGCAGACACUGAAAAAUACUCCACCUUGAAAGAGGUGUCGCUCCUACAGUUCUGGAUGUUGGCAGGUAACUAGAAAAUCAAGUUGUUUUCCAAGCAGUUGUUUAAGUCAUAUGAUAAACUCUGAGGGGAAGAGAACUGCAGUAUUAAACAGGAAGGCAAAUCAUGUUAAAAUUAAGUUGUCAUGGGUGUGGAGAGAGAGAUGAGCAGUUGGUUAUCGUGUCUCUAACCAUGGUCAUCAUGUCAGUGUAUUAUUGCUUCACACAGCAUAUUCCCUCGCCUCUAAGUAUUUUAUCAGAACACUGAUGUGAAAAUUUUUUGCAUGAUUAUCUCAAGCAUUGUCACUUAUUUCACAUGUCAAAGCUAAUAAAGAGGUGAAAUAAUAUCUGCUUUUUCUCUGGGAAGGGUGUGUUACGCUGCAGUGUUAGUGAGUUGGUGUGUGCAAAUAAUUUUGGAGCUAUGAACAGUACAGAUCGUGCUAACGAAAGGUAACUUUUUUGCUUCUGUUUGGAGUGAAAGCACUUGUCUCUUGCAUUAUAAUACCAGGCAAAACAACUGACUGUUUCAGGAGCAUGCAGAAAACAUUAACCGAAAUGUGUUAUGGGUGUAAAUCUACAGAAGUACAAAUACCAGUUAUUUUCACUUUAUAAUUCUGGCUAAUUGUUUGUAUAUUCAGAAUAACUUAAAUACUGAAUAAAGAAGCCUAAUUUUGCAUGAA